AAAAAUGUAACCUACUGCAGGAAGUGAGAUGAUCUUUUGGAAAUCUUUACUUUCUCUGUACUCUGAAAAUUCUUUGCUUCAGGCAAGAGGUUUAUGGGUGCUGUGAAAUUUCGGAGAUCUGGGAAAGUGGAGUAAUAACAUGACACCAGCUCUUAAGCAGCAACAUCUGCUGUGGUUCAAAGCCACACAAAGAAAGCUGCUUAAGCAGUCGAAUAUUUUGGACUACGGGAACAAGUGUGGUUCAACGGCAAAGACUGCAGAGUAGAGAAAAAUUAAAGCUCAGAGAAGUUGUUGAAAAAUGGAGUCGUGGAAAAUGAGCAUCUUUAAGAGACAAACAUCACCUUGUCCUUCAAGGUAUCGAAGAUCUUUGUCAGAACCUGCUUAUGGAAAUUCAGAUACAGGAACAAGUUUAAAGAGUUAUCCAUGGUGUGGUCCAGUGAAGAACAAGAGGAAGAAAAAUGAACAUGCUUUUUCCAAUCUAGGGAAGCCACUGGGUGCUUAUCGGUGGCAAACACAUCCCAGCUUUAGAUGGAAAGGGGGCAAGAGGGAAAGAAUGCAAAAUCAUAAAGGAGAUGUGGAUGAACUGCAACGAAAGGUCUUCCCAAAGAUGGUUGGUAAUGAUACUUCUGCUAUUGAGGUCCUUGGAACAUCGGUAGAGAAGCUGAACCUGGUCAACACCCAGUCACUUCGGGUUCCAUUCACCAGAUCUAUUUCAGAGCCGGCACCCCACUGCAGUAUCAGAUUUGUUAGACCGUGGCCGACUUCAGUGGGGUCAGUGGAAUCUGAGCAGCAGGGAUAUUUCAUCCGUGGUAUUUUUUCUACUCUUUCCAAUGGCUUCUCCAGGAUGCUGAGUCUAAAAGGAGAAUCAACCAGUCAGUCAGUACGAGAAGAUGUCAAAGGGCCACCUACCCACCGUCUGUCUUGUGGUCAGUCACCGUACACUGAGACGACAACAUGGGAGCGGAAGUAUUGCAUCCUCACGGAUAGCCAAUUAGUGUUGCUCAACAAAGAGAAGGAGAUACCUGUGGAGGGGGGACAGGAGCAGCAGACAGAUUCCACCAAAGGGCGAUGUCUGAGAAGAACUGUCAGCGUCCCUUCCGAGGGUCAGUUUCCUGAGUACCCACCAGAGGGCACCACCAAACUGGAGGUUCCAGCAGAAAGGUCCCCCCGCAGAAGGAGUAUCUCAGGGACCAGUACGUCAGAGAAACCUAACUCCAUGGACACUGCAAAUACCUCACCCUUCAAAGUACCAGGGUUCUUCAGCAAGCGCCUGAAAGGCUCCAUCAAGAGGACCAAAAGCCAAUCAAAGCUUGACAGGAACACGAGCUUUCGGCUUCCAUCCCUUCGCAAUACAGAUGACAGGUCUCGUGGGCUGCCUAAACUAAAAGAGUCACGUUCCCAUGAAUCCUUGCUGAGUCCAUGCAGUGCAGUGGAAUGUCUGGAUCUUGGUAGAGGGGAGCCCGUAUCCGUGAAACCACUCCAUAGUAGCAUUCUUGGACAAGACUUCUGCUUUGAGGUUACCUACUUAAGUGGAAGUAAAUGCUUCAGCUGUAACUCUGCUUCAGAGAGAGAUAAGUGGAUGGAAAACCUUCGCAGAACAGUUCAACCAAAUAAGGACAAUUGCAGGCGAGCUGAAAAUGUUCUUCGUUUAUGGAUCAUUGAAGCCAAGGACCUUGCCCCUAAAAAGAAAUAUUUCUGUGAACUGUGCCUUGAUGAUAUUCUUUUUGCUCGUACAACCAGCAAGACCAAAGCAGACAAUAUUUUCUGGGGCGAACAUUUUGAAUUUUACAGCCUUCCACCUCUCCAUAGCAUCACAGUUCACAUUUAUAAGGAUGUAGAAAAGAAGAAAAAAAAGGACAAGAAUAAUUAUGUAGGGCUAGUCAAUAUCCCCACAGCCAGUGUGACUGGUCGUCAGUUUGUAGAAAAGUGGUAUCCAGUGAGUACACCUACACCCAACAAAGGAAAGACUGGAGGACCUUCUAUUCGGAUUAAAUCACGUUUUCAAACUAUCACCAUUCUGCCUAUGGAACAAUACAAAGAAUUUGCAGAAUUUGUCACCAGCAACUACACCAUGCUAUGUUCAGUCCUUGAACCAGUAAUUAGCGUGAGGAACAAAGAGGAAUUGGCCUGUGCCUUAGUGCACAUCCUUCAAAGUACUGGCAGAGCCAAGGAUUUUCUGACUGACUUGGUGAUGUCUGAGGUGGAUCGUUGUGGAGAGCAUGAUGUGUUGAUCUUCAGAGAGAACACCAUUGCCACCAAAUCCAUUGAGGAAUACCUCAAGUUGGUGGGACAGCAGUAUCUUCAUGAUGCAUUGGGGGAGUUCAUCAAAGCUCUUUAUGAGUCAGAUGAGAACUGUGAAGUGGAUCCCAGCAAAUGUUCAUCUAGUGAACUGAUAGAUCAUCAGAGCAACCUGAAAAUGUGCUGUGAGCUGGCUUUCUGCAAGAUCAUCAACUCUUAUUGUGUUUUCCCUCGUGAAUUGAAGGAAGUGUUUGCAUCAUGGAAGCAACAGUGCCUAAACCGAGGCAAGCAAGACAUCAGCGAAAGGCUCAUUAGUGCCUCAUUGUUUCUCCGUUUUCUGUGCCCAGCCAUUAUGUCUCCUAGUCUUUUCAACCUUAUGCAGGAGUAUCCUGAUGACCGUACAUCUCGGACUCUAACUCUUAUUGCAAAGGUCAUUCAGAACCUGGCCAACUUUGCCAAGUUUGGUAACAAAGAGGAAUACAUGGCAUUCAUGAAUGAUUUUUUAGAACACGAAUGGGGUGGAAUGAAGCGCUUUCUUUUGGAAAUCUCUAAUCCAGACACCAUCUCAAACACCCCAGGCUUUGAUGGGUACAUUGAUCUGGGCAGAGAGCUUUCAGUUUUGCAUUCCUUACUGUGGGAAGUAGUUUCCCAACUUGAUAAGGGUGAAAAUUCCUUCCUACAGGCGACCGUGGCAAAAUUGGGACCUCUCCCUCGUGUUCUUGCUGAUAUUACCAAGUCUCUGACUAAUCCUACGCCAAUACAACAGCAACUGAGACGUUUCACUGAGCAUAACUCCAGUCCAAAUGUCAGUGGAAGCCUCUCUGGGCUACAGAAAAUAUUUGAAGAUCCCACUGACAGUGAUCUGCAUAAACUAAAAUCUCCAAGCCAGGACAAUACAGAUAGCUAUUUCAGAGGGAAAACAUUAUUACUGGUUCAGCAAGCCUCCUCCCAGAGUAUGACUUAUUCUGAAAAGGAUGAGAAAGAAAGUAGCCUUCCUAAUGGUCGAAGCAUCUCCCUCAUGGACCUUCAGGACACUCACGCUGCUCAAGUGGAGCAUGCAUCUGUCAUGCUUGAUGUGCCUAUGCGCUUGACUGGAAGCCAGCUUUCCAUAACCCAGGUGGCCAGCAUCAAACAACUUCGGGAAACCCAGAGCACUCCCCAGAGUGCACCCCAAGUGAGAAGGCCCCUGCACCCAGCCUUGAACCAGCCUGGCAGCCUCCAGCCCUUGUCAUUCCAGAAUCCAGUCUAUCACCUCAAUAACCCAAUCCCAGCAAUGCCAAAGGCCUCUGUAGACUCCAGUUUGGAGAACCUAAGCACUGCCAGUUCCAGAAGCCAAAGUAACAGUGAAGACUUCAAACUCAGUGGACCCAGCAAUAGCAGCAUGGAAGAUUUCACCAAACGUAGCACUCAGAGUGAGGACUUCUCCAGGCGGCACACUGUGCCAGACAGACACAUACCUCUUGCUCUACCACGGCAAAAUAGUACUGGGCAGGCCCAGGUCCGAAAAAUGGACCAGGCUGGGUUAGGUGCCCGAGCCAAAGCCCCACCUUCUCUGCCACAUAGUGCUUCCUUACGUAGCACCGGGAGCAUGUCAGUGGCAUCUGCAGCCCUAAUGGCCGAACCUGUGCAGAAUGGGAGCCGGUCCCGGCAGCAGUCAUCUUCCUCCAGAGAGAGCCCUGUUCCCAAAGUGAGAGCAAUCCAACGGCAACAGACACAGAAGGUUCAGUCACCUGUGGACUCUGCCACAAUGUCCCCAGUAGAGAGGACAGCAGCCUGGGUUCUGAACAAUGGACAGUACGAAGAGGAUGUGGAAGAAACUGAGCAAAAUCAAGAUGAAGCCAAGCAUGCUGAGAAGUAUGAACAGGAAAUUACUAAACUGAAGGAGCGCCUGAGAGUGUCCAGCCGGCGGCUGGAGGAGUAUGAACGGCGGUUGUUGGUGCAGGAGCAGCAGAUGCAGAAGCUGCUGCUGGAAUACAAGACCCGACUGGAGGACAGCGAGGAGCGGCUGCGCAGGCAGCAGGAAGAGAAAGACAGCCAGAUGAAAAGCAUCAUCAGCAGGCUAAUGGCUGUGGAAGAGGAAUUGAAGAAGGAUCACGCUGAGAUGCAAGCAGUUAUUGAUGCAAAACAGAAAAUCAUUGAUGCGCAGGAAAAACGGAUCGUGUCCCUGGAUUCAGCCAACACCAGACUGAUGAGCGCGCUGACCCAAGUGAAGGAGCGGUACAGCAUGCAGGUCCGCAAUGGCAUCUCGCCCACCAAUCCCACCAAGCUUUCCAUCACGGAGAAUGGUGAAUUUAAGAACAGCAGCUGCUGACGGGCUUUACAAAUAGACCGACUGUGGAAGGAGACAGAAGGAAAUUCACCCACUCUCCUUUCCCCAGCCCUUUUCCCUACCCCUCCACGUUUACAGAAUGUUGCUACUUCAGAAUGGCAAUGUGGAGAGAAACUCUUGAAUGAAGAAAGGAACCUUGUCUUUCAGGGCAUAAGGCUAAGACUCCAAGGCCGAUGCUUUCCCCCCAUGUGUCUGUGUACAUAGGGAACUUAGUUCUGGGCCAUGUACAGAAAAUACCACUGUAAUAUACCAAAAGGAAGUUAAUAAUGUAGAUUACCUUUUUAAUUAUUGCUAUUUUUAUUAUUGUUUUCCUCUUGUUGAAAGCACUGCAAUUGUUAGAGGAGGAAAAGUAGGAAUUAUGUGUGAGAAAUGAGCCUAUGGGUUCAGUAGGUAGAGACCAAGCGUCUAACUGAUAGAAGCACAUGGAGUGCAAUAGGACAUUGUCAGAAUGAACUUUCAGGGAUUCAUCUGCCAGUCUAAAAACCCCACUCUGGCCCCUUGUCCUUUAGGAAAACAGGCAAAUACCAAGAUCCAAACUAAACAAUAAUUUACCCCACUGAUCAACCACGAUUGGUUCUUGUCAGACACUAAUCUGAUUUGGGGAUUUGCUAUCGCAGAGGACACAGAUAAGAGCUGUUGCAUCAAAACUGGACUUUAGGAGUGAUACUUAUUGAACUCCUGUCAAUAUGUUUAUUUCCUUCCGUCUACAACAAAUGGGAAUUUUCCAUUUCAGAUAGGGGACUCUUUUUUAACCCCAAUUGUAAUAAAGGGUAUUCUUUUUCCUCCUUAGAGUUUACAAAACUAAAUAUUUGCGUCUCUCCAUACUGUCUUCAUCUUCACAUGUCUUUACCAACAGGGUUGCUCUCCCCUGGAGAGAUGAUUCGAAUAUGUUAUCCAUAAGCCAUCCGAAAUAAACCCCCUUUCUUCCUCACAGAAAAGGGCUAACCAUACCAUAGCAGGAAUCUCUGAAUAUUUCCUAUUUAAAAAGAAAACAUUUUCUAUUUGCAAGUUACAAUUUUUGUUUGGGAUAAAGAUUUUGUCCAUUUUACUCAAAAUCUGUAGGCAGAGUAAUUUUAUCUGGAGCUUAACUUUUAAGUUGCUGCUUCUUCCUCUAUUCCCUCAGUAAAAUUUGGAAGGGAAAUCCAAAUCAGAAGUAUCACUCUUUUAAAAGUGAUGAUUACUCUUGUGACAAAAGAAAAAGUGAAAGUGUAAGGAUGGGCCAUUCAAAUUGUUAUUCUUAGGGGAAAUGAUUAAGCCCAUACCUUAGUUGACAGUUUCAGUAUUUGUCAUCCAUGGCUUUAUUGUAGGAAAUAUUGUAGGACAUAUUAUAGGACAAAAAAAGUCAAGGAAAUUAAUUUAUUUCUUUUUUCCCAGAGGUGUGAAAUGUCAUCUUGAACGCAACCUUGAUGAUCAGAAAUACGGAAUGUUACAUGCUAGACAGACAUUAUAUAUACAAAUAUAUAUACAUAUAUAUUCACACAUAUGUACAUAUAACUGCACAAAUAGGAAAAAUCCAUGCCUUCUAUGCUGUCAGGUGUAACGUAAAAGGUUUUGAAUCUCUUUAGUGAGGUCUAAGCAGUUGUUUUCCAUUCAGAAAGCAACAACCUUCCUCGAGCAAGUUAAUGAUGUUUAUUUUAAAUUAUAAACUUUAAGGAUAUUUAAAAAAGAAAAAGAGAGAAAAGCAAAAAAGACUUGAGGAGCUAUAUGCAUGGAGUGAGUGUUUCUACAUCACAGAAAAUUUCUAAGGGAACAAGAGGACAUUUAUAGUGUCCUCUCUGGAGUGAAGCCCAGACAGAGACACCAAACCUUCCUUUUCUCUGUGCCCAAGGCUUGCAUUCUGACCUCCUGAGCACUACUCUCUCUCGGUUGGAUCUAGGUGUUGGACCUGUGCAUUUCAGCAACCUCACCAUGGUCCCGUCCCCUUCAACUUUUUAAAACAUUUUCCUUAAUCACAGCUCCUGUUUCUACUAGACAGAGACUAAAACAGGAGCUUCUCCUUGUGCUUAUCAAUUGCCCUGCGUACUUCAUGCCCAGAUGUUUUGGCUUUUGUGCAUUUUCUUGACCCUUGGUAGUUAUCUUACAAAUUUUUAUCUCUUCCCUCCAAGCUGAGGGCACAGUAUGGUUCAUUUAUUUCAAUAGGAAACAAAGUUACUGAUUCUGAAGCAGCCCCCCCCCCCUUUUUUUUUGGCAGAGGAGAGAAAAUAAACAUAGGCCUGUUAUUAUUUGUGGCUAUUCUCAUCUCUAGCCAUGUUUAAUUCAUUCUUUGUAAAAGCCUUCAGUUGUGCAGCAGAAAACCUGAUAAAAGAAUAGUCAGUUUCAGUGGCUUUAAGUAUGUAAGGUGGGUGAUCUCUCGCAUUGUAGUUUAGAAACUCUCAAGUGUUGGUUAUGGAUUAUAGAGGGCUUUUAAGAUUACAUAUAUUGGGGAAGAGGAGAGAAAAAGUCAAAUGUUUUUUGAUGAAUACAGUAUGUCAUGUUAGCAUUAUGGGAGCUCCCUAGAGGACUAAAUACAUUGAAAAAUUAAAUACCCUAGGUAGAUUAUAUAGCCCUCUAUUAGCAAAGUAUCUUGAAUGAAGAAAAAAAGUAAAUACUAAUAAUAAUAAUAGGUAAAAUUAGAAGCGGAAAGUUUAGAAUUUUUGCCAGAUGUUAAAUUUUAGAUUAUCCUUGGAGCCUACUCCUAUCCAAAUCUGAGUAUUUCUUAGAGAAUGCUGCAAUCUAUAGAUUUUUUUUUAAUAUGAAAGAAAGCAACAACAGCUGAUAAUUAAUUUUUAUGGAGUUGUUGCUUAAUUUGACUUUUCUUUAGUCCAGUUGGGUGCUGGGAAAUUGUACAUGGUUGAAGAGAAGAAGAGAGAUUAAGAUAGCCGAGUCUUGCACUCCCUGUUUGACCCAACAUAUUACCACAUUGUGAGGUGCAAGAUAGAUGGGGUCAAAAAGAAUUUGGAAUUCAGGUGAAGUGCCUGCAAGGUGCUUGUGUAGCCCACUGCCAGAUUUGACUAUUAACAAGGACAGCUAAAUGUUGAUAGGAUUCAGGAAGAGAGUUUCAUAUUCCCCUUUUAUAUCACUGGAGCAAUAUGCUUUCUGGGCCUAAAUAGCCAAAGGAGUUACAGUUCAGUCAGGCCAUCAUAUUCCCUGAGUCUCUGCAAUAAAAAGCCUCUUUUUUUUUUUUUUUUUUUUGCACUAGUAACUAUAACAAACACUACAUUCCAGGCACUAGACCAAGGUACUGUUUGGGUCUAUGGCACUCUAUUGAUAAGGAAAAUGUGGUAAAAUUAGGUAAUCAUUUGUAAACAGUAAAAGCUCUUUGCUUUUUUCAUUUGGUAUCAAGUUGAUCAGAAUUAGCUUUCUCUGACUGAUCUGAUUCUACCUUUCCCUGUGAUGAUGUUUGACUGUGCUGUUUACAGUGAAAGAUAAAGUAAGAUAUGAGAAUUGGCUUGACUUUAGAAGUAAAGCUUUUCCAAUCUCAGCCUGCAGAGGUCCACCAGGUUGGGAGCAGAGUUCUUUUUUGGAAUUCCCGGAACAAGACAACUUCCCAGCAAGUGAGUCUGCAUUAGUGUUUGUUUUGCCUUCCAUCUAGGUUUAGUUCUAGUUAUCACCAGUUUGGAGUUCCUGAGAAAGCUGGUUGUGGGGCUGAGCUUGGGGAAGGAACCCUUUUCAGGGUUAUCUCAUUCCCUUCAUCUAUCCCACUGUGACCCGGAGCCCCAGGUAGAUAGUUGCCUCCUCACCGUCUAUCUAGGAGCCAAGAAUUUGGAAUACUUUGUUUUUUAUCACUAUGUCAAUUGAAAGGACCUACUUAGCUAGUUUUUUUAAAAAAUAAGAAAUAUUUGGGUAUUAAAUUUUUAAAUAGAAUCUCGUUUGAAUGAUUGUUACUAGUUCUAGAAGCAUUAUCUUGUUGUCAUAACCCAGCUCUGAAUGCUCUUGUAUUUAGGAAGGACAAAAGUGAUAAAAUUUGCAUGAGAUUAGAAUAAAUAUCUCAUGAAGAGUGAAAGAACCUGAGGAAGAUCCGUGAUCCAAAAAGGGAACUAAUACAUAGCCUACUCGGUAGCCCACAGGUUCAAAGGAAAUAAAAGAGGAUUAUAUCCCUUGCCUGCUCUUAAAAUACACAGAUAUAUGGAAUGACAGUUUCUGCAGACAACAUGUGGUCACGCACACAGAACACACGAUUCCUAGGGCUUCCUUUUUCUGAAUGUUAAUCCAUUUUAUAGAGCAAUAAUCCCCAAAAUUUCUUGAAUUUGUAAGAUUUUAUGACAGUCCCUCUUUCUUCUUCAGAAUGUACAAUAUGUGUUAUAUGUAUUCAUAUAUGUUAAAGUGACUUGAAAUUGAUUUAGUUUGACAUCUCGAGAACCCUAGAUAUCGUUAUUGAUACCAUGGGAGGUCACUGAAGGAAAGCUGAAUAUCACUGAUCUGAGAACAGGAUCCAGAAAGAACUGGCUAUGGUUACUGAUCAGUUAUUCCUCAGGUGUUUGAGUAACCAACCCAACCAGACUUGGCAAAUGCAGAGUCACUCAAGGAAAGGAAAGUGAAAGGUUUUGCCCAUAUUUCAGCAUGCAUUUUAAUUUCCUACUCAAUUUUUAUUUUUCAUUCAAAUGCCCUCAUUUUUCCCUAGGAAUUUUUUAGUUUGGGAUUUAAAACAGAUUUAUCUUUUGCUGUAGAGAAAUUCCCUUAAAAGCUUUGUUUUUGAGAUAUCUUUCAUCUGUAUGUGGGUGCAAAUGUUUAUGUAUAAAACUCAGAUUUAUGUCAUUUCUAAACCCCCAAGGGAAAAAAUUCAAUUUCCCCCUUCACCAAAAGGUUAAAUACUAAUGAACUCAAUGACCUAGACUAUCCUGUGGAAAAGGUAAACUAAAUUAUAAGGUUACAUUUUGACUGGUGCUUAGACACUUCCUAGUUAUACUAAAAUUAAUUCAAGCAGACAAUGCAUUAACCUGAAUCACACCUGUGAGGAAUUUACCUUCUAAAAUUUGAUUUUUUUUUUCUCAUUUCCAGGGCCUUAAUAAGAGUAUAUGAAUACACAUGACUAUUUUAUGGUAGCUCUAAAUAAUUUAUUUUUUAUUUCAAGAGAGAGAAAUACACCUAGGAAAAACAAAACCCAAGAUUUUAUUUUAUUUUUAAAGCCAUAUUUUUGUGCUAGUAGCACUUAGAUUGUUCCAUAUGUGAGAUCCAUAUCUGCAUUUCAUCACCUGGGUUUGUUCUAAAGAAGAUUUAUUUUUGUUCUGUGAAUAAUUUUUGAUGGUUCUUGUACAUGUACAGAUAUAGAUACAUUUGAGGUCUUUUAUUGAUAUUCCUACAAAGAAUACAAAUAAACUUUAACUUUAAACAUUUCAGAUUAAGUUGCUACUGUAUUUGACAUUACUACCUGACUUUUAGCACAUAUCUUGAUGUUUAGUACACUUGGAGAAAAACAAUAAACUAGCUCAUGGCUGGUAAA